AGAUCCAGACUGACAGAACGUGUGGUGUUGGUGUGUGGGAGCCCUUCCCAAAAGACUCGUCAUACUGGAAAUCUCAAACACUGGGGGCCAAGCACAGCAUGACUGCACAGCAACUCACAACAACCGUGUGACGGGACAAACUUCACAAGCUGGAACGCAACUGGAAACUAAGAGCAGACCUGCCAGAGUCAGAAUGAGCGCUUCAGACGAAGCAAUGGAGAUCCUCCAGAACGUCUGGACCAAACUGCAGGCCCUUCCUCAAGCCCACCCGUUCACGCAGACGGCCUUCCUCAUCAUCCUGCUGUUCUUCUUGACGUUCAUCGCUCUGUUCGUGACCGGAUGUGUUUACGGCCGCUGCGGCUGCUGCGCGUCCAGCACCAAGAACAGAGUCUCGGCCGUCUGAAGCGUGGGACUCCACGACGGGCUCAAAUAAAACUGGCUUUGGAUUUGACUGCUGUGAUACCACACGGUGUUAACAUUCAGCCGGUGAAAAUGCCUCACACCGCAAAAGCCGAACGCAGACAACACUCGCCGGAAGAGCGAGAAGAGCUUUAAACGCAGUGUUUUUGAGAAAAACGCUUCCCUUAAUUAUGAACGUCCCAAAUGAACGCAAAACUCCCGGCCUCUGUCAUUAUGGGACAAAUGCUGCCCUCUGGUGUUUGUUUACACAACUAGAGAUGAAGAAAAGAUGAGGGGGACAGUUUUGUGUUGAUCAAAGAAUCCCGUUAUUACAGCGUUCACAGGAAUAUUAGGCAACUGUUUCCAACAUUUAUAAUAAUACAUGUUUCUUCAGCGUAUUAGAAAGAUUUCUCAUGCGACACCGAAGACUGGAGGACUGUGAUGCUGAAAAUUCAGCUUUGCGUUACAUUAUAUAUUACUAACAGAAAACAGUUAUUCUAAAUUGUAAUAAUACUUGUCGAUAUUACCGUCUCUGCUGUAUUUUUUUAUGAAAUAAUGCAGCCUCGGUAAGCGUAAGAGACAUUUCAAACAUACGUUUUUGCAUUAUUCGCGAAUUAAAUGUAAUAUUGUUGACUUGAUUCAACUAUCAAGAUAAAUGAAGGUUAUGUCGGUAACGCUUCGAAUCAAACAAAGAACGACACAUUUGUUACAGUUUUUAUUCAUCUUUGAUAGCGUUCAUUGAUUAAAAUAAUAGUCGUUCGGUGUUAGUUCAUGUAAAUGUAAUUUUAAUAAUGCAUUGGCAAUCUCAGUCCAUUUUAACUAAUGUAGUUAAGUGAUGAACCUUAUUGUAAAGUGUUAACGUCAUGCUCUAUAAUAUGAAAAAACCCGGAGCUGAAUCUGGGUGAAAUAAAAUGGAAACGAUCGAAUA